AUGACUAAGCACGAAUCUUCUAACAAUCACCUUUCUGCUUGCCUGAUAUGUAACAAAUGGAAAAGCGAUCAAGUAUUGGACACGGACUUGGAUAAAACGCUGAAAUUUAAAACUAAUUAUUGGAUUAAAGUUUUGGAACGAGUUAUUAACGUCACAUUGACUUUGGCUAAAAAUAAUGUAUCAUUCAGAGGAGACAAUGAAUCGUUAUAUGAUGGCGAUCACAAUCGUGGCAACUUUCUAAAUAUUAUUGAGCUAUUGUCAAUUUAUGAUCCAGUUUUGAAAGAGCUUUUAUCAAAAGAUAAAAAAUGUGUAAAAUAUUUGUCGCCAACCAUUCAGAACGAAAUUAUCAACCUCUUAGCCAAUGAGGUAAAAACUGAAUUGAUCAGUCAAAUAAAUGAAUCUCCAUUUUUUUCAGUAAUAAUGGACACAACUCAAGAUAUUUCAAAAAUUGAUCAAGUGAGUUUUGUAGUGAGAUAUGCCGACUUCAUCAAGGAUAACGACAAUGUUAUUCGUGAUGUUGUUAUAAGGGAAGUUUUUCUAGGGUUUGAAAAAUGUAUGGGGCAAUCUGCUGAAGACAUGGUGAAACAAUUAUUAUUAUUCUUUGAAAAGAAUAAUUUGAGCUUUGAAAGACUACGAACUCAAGGCUACGAUGGUGCGGCUAACAUGACUGGCGUCUACAAUGGCCUGCAGGCCAAAAUUUUGGAAAAACAACCCAACGCGUUAUAUGUAUACUGUGCUGCACAUAAUCUAAACCUAGUUAUCAAUGACUCUGUAAAAAUUUCAAGGGAGUUACAAAAUUUUUACGAUUUUGUAGAAAGUCUUUAUGCAUUUUUUGCACAUAGCAUAAAACGAUGGGCAGUAUUGACGGAAAUGUUCGACCUUAAGAAGCACAUUAAAACGAUUGUGCCCAACGCGAUGGUCGUCUCGUUAUGA